UAUAGGGCAGUGACUUUCUCGGUUGGUUCUUCGAAAAUGCCAGUGACUUUCGCUCCUUUCUUUUUGUACGAUCAAAUUUACAUCUUCGGAUUCUCUCUUUCUAGAUCUACAGAUCUAUUCUAUCUCAAGGAAACCCUUUCUCAUCGAUCUCUCAAUUCUUCACUCAUGUUUACAUGUUUACAUGUUGGGAUUCUCUCUCAGAUCUACAAAUUAUUCAACCUCAGCUCAGCCUUUCAGGAGACAAUCUCUUACUAAUUUACAUCUCUGCUUUUAUUUGUAUCUACAAAUCUAUUCAAUCUCAGCUCACUUCACUAUGUCUUUGAGCAAAGUGGUGAAAAUGACAAGCUGGACUCUUACAAAGCUGGGGGGGUCAGUUUUGCCAAAGCUGGUGGAGUCAGUUUGGUCAAAGUGUGUGAAACUAACGACGGAUAAUGCAUGCAACAGCGCGAUAAGUAUUAAGGACUUUGAAUUCAAUCUAAAAGAUCUACAGAAAAACACGAAGAUAUUGGUUGCUAAGGCAUAUGAUGUUGAGGAGGAAAUCCAGUACUUAGAGCGUUCCGGUCGAAAGAAAAGGAAGCGUGAAGUUCGGCAGUGGUUGGAAGACGUCACGUCCAUUAAAAAGCAAGUUGUUGAGUUGGAGACUGAAGUGAAAUCCCAAGGAUUUAUUAUGAGAUUGACGGAUGGAGGGUUACCAGCUAAACUAAAUGAUGAUGUUGACAAGCUUGUUGUGCAAAGUCGGUAUUUUGGUGAUCUUGUCCUUAAUGUUUGUGGAAGUAGGCCGCGAGAUAGGUUACCAAGAAGAAAUUCUUUUUGAAGUUUUUCAUCAAACACUUGAGAGCAAAAGGCAAAGGAAGUGACAAACAAUGCUCAAGUGAACAUGAUGGAGCAGCGGACGGUUUGGACGGAAAUUAGAGAGAAAAGAAGGGUGAAGAAGCGGAAGAAGAAUGGGGAAGGACAUCAGCUGAGUACUGCGUGAGGCGAGCACAGCUGCUGCUCCGUAAUCAGCUCAUAACAGCGCCGGCGCCCCGCCAGAUUGGAAGCCAAGCGAAGUCGGCGACCCGUCGAUAAUGCACGCCCAAACCCCGUAGCCUCCUAGCGACUCGCUAAAUUGGGGCAGCGUGAAGCUGGCGAUCUGCGUAAUCCCAAAACACGCCCGGCGACCAACCAGGUUGGCUUCCACACGAAGCUGGCGACCCGCCGGCGUGGUACACAAAUUUCCCGUAGCUACCUGGCGACCAGCCAGGUUGGUCUUGAAGCGCCGGCGACUCGCCGGAGUUAUAUUUGAAUGGCAGUUGCGUGCAGUUUCUGGGGGAAUUGGGAGUAUUUAGAGCUUCAAAAUAAGAAGAAAAUUGUGGGGUGCAUUUGGAACACGGAAUUGGAAUUGGAAUUAUGUGGAAUUGGAUUGGGUGAAUUGAAUUAAUUCAAUUCUAAAUCCA